AUUGUCUUCUUGGUUUUCCUUCAAGGAUACCCAUUACCCAAUGUGGCACUCAAAGGAGAAGCUACCCAGUCAUCUACACUCUCUUUUGCCACGGCAUCCAAAGCCAUCGAUGGCAGACGGAUCUCGUUCUACAGCAAUGGGUUCUGUAGCCACACGGCUGAAGAUGAGACCAACCCCUGGUGGAGGGUGGACCUGCAGCGAAGCUUUACAGUCACUGCUGUAAAAGUCACCAACAGAGGAGACUGCUGUGCUGAAAGACUGGAUGGAGCUGAGAUCAGAAUAGGAAACUCACUGGAGAACAAUGGAAACAAUAAUCCCAGGUGUGCUUCCAUCUCACAUAUCAAUGCGGGUAAAACCUACACAUACCAGUGUGAUGGAGGCAGCAUGGAGGGUCGCUUUGUGAACGUGUUUCUUCCUGGACAGAAGAAGACUCUCACCCUGUGUGAAGUGGAGGUGUAUGCUGCCCCAGCAGUGGAGCCGCUUCAAAACGUUGCCUUAAACAGAGAAACAGUACAGUCAUCCGUUAGUGCAGCAUAUGGGCCUUCAAAAGGUGUCGAUGGAUGCAGAAAUGGAAACUUGGUGGCAGAAUGCUGUACACGUACUUUAGAAGACCUGGGUCCCUGGUGGAGAGUAGACUUGCUGGCUGUCUAUAAAGUCAGUGCUGUCACCAUCAUCAACAGACAAGAUGGUUAUACAGAAAGGAUUCUUGGGGCACAGAUCUUGAUUGGGAACUCGCUGGAACAAAAUGGUACACAAAACCCCAGUUGUGGCAUGAUCAAAUCAUUAGCGGGUACACCAAUAUACACAUUCCAGUGUAAUGAAAUGGAAGGUCGCUACAUUAAUGUGAUCAUACCAGGAAUUAAGAGAUAUAUGACCCUGUGUGAAGUGGAGGUGUUUGCUUCUCUAUGUGUGCCAGACGUUGUCAUUCCUCCACCUCCUCCCACACCUCCUCCACCCGUGAGUUUGCAGCUUGGUGGCAGGAACGUGACGGUGGUGGGAGAGAGGCUCUGCUGGUCUGAUGCUCUGAUGUACUGUAGACGUUAUUACUGGGACCUGCUCAGCCUUCACAGCCAACAGGAGCAAAGCGAGUUGGAGCAGCUGCUGGGCCUCAUUCCUUUUUCCCUCACAGACCACGUCUGGCUGGGACUGCGCAGAUCCCUCAGAGGAGACGAGUGGUUCUGGAUGUCUGGAUAUUCCAUGAAUUUCUUAAAUUGGCCACAAGAUUUUGUUCCUGACAGCUACUCCAGCACCUGUGGAGGCGUGGCCAGCACAGAGAACUUCCUCUGGCAGGACCAGCCCUGUGAGGAGAACCUCAACUUCAUCUGCCAAUCAGGUGCUGAUGAUGCUGUGCAGAGAGUUUAUUUCUCCAGCACCAAGGAUCCAACAAGUCCAUAGUAAAGGAGAUGACACAGUAUAAACUGUGAUGCAUGGUUUUUGUUAGAAAUAGUUAUGACUUAAAACCUUUUUGUACUCCUUUAAAUUCUGGCAAAAAUUCAGUAAAUGCAUAAAACACUGUUUACAAACACUAUACAAACACUGCUGUAUGGUUUGUAGUAUUGCUUAUGGGAAUUAUUAUAUUUAUAUUUAUAAAAAGCACGUGAGCUUAUUCCUUUGCAUUAUAUAUAGCAAUAAAUGCCUGCAAUAACUAGGUCUUAAGUUAUAGUAUAGUACACUAUAGUAUCUGUAGUAUAGACCAAAGUGAUGAACUUACUCUUAUUUUCUCUUCUAUAAUCACCUGGGUUGGAAAAAAGUUUAAUGAGCUGUUGUGUUGUGUG